AUGGACAUAGUCGAGCUGCAGAGCGCAGUCGAGUGGAGAUUCCUGACUGACCUCGUGCUCUCCAACAAUAGGAUCACAACGGUGGAGGGCUUCGACCUGGGUCGCGCCGCGCCCCGGCUGCGCCGCCUCGACCUGUCGCGCAACCGGCUCGAGUCGUUCGGCGCGCUGCUCGACUGCCGCCCGCUGCCGCUCGCCGCCCUCAAGCUGGAGGGGAACCCCCUCUGCACCGACUUCACGGACCCGCAGCGCUACCUGCGCGCCAUCAGGAUGCUGUUCCCCCUCAUCAAGGAAGUGGACGGGGUGGUGCUGCCGAUGCCAGGGGAACUGCCCCCCAUAAGGGGCUCGUACUGCCCGAGCGGUGCCGAGCUGCUGGUGGAGAGGUUCCUGGAGAUGUUCUUCCCGAUGCUUGACCGGCCCCCGUCGGAAAGGGCCGCCCUCGCGAACCUCUACGCCGAGGACGUGGACUUCUCGGUCACCUGCAGAGAGCAGCCUGGUGCGGCAGCGGUUCGGCGCGCUGGUGGGGGGCGGAGGGGGCGGAGGGGGCGGGGGGGCGGGGCGGGCGGGGCGGGCGCGUGGAGGGCGGCGGGCAGGGAGCCGCUGCUGGCGCUGCUGGCCUCGUGGCCCGCGCUGCUGCACGACCGCGGGCUGCUCACGGCGGACGUGCUGCACCACUCGGAGUCGAGCACCGUGGUGCGCAUCGGCGGCGUGGCGAAGAUAACCUCGCAGAAGCUGGCGGUGGACGAGCCGACGCUGGCGUUCGGGCGCACCGUGCUCCUGCGCUCGGACGGGCUCGAGUACAGGGUGCGCCACGAGCUGCUCUGCUGGGACGAGCCCAGCGAGCAGUUCGCGCGCCGCGCCUUCUCCGCCACGGAGGUGAGCCGCUCCGUACCUCGAGUUUCCGACCUGUCUCCAAAACUCUUCUUUAAGGCCGUUCCAGAGAAGUCUCCGAGGAAUAAUGAU